AAAGAAACAAAAACACCCCAAAUUUCGCUGUAAUAUUCUCCUGGUAUUUAAUUAGUAUUUGGUUAUCAAAAUGGCUUCCUCUGUUUCAUUCUACGAGGUUCUUGGGAUUCCGGCGAGUGCCAACAGCCACGAAAUCAAGGCAGCGUAUAGGAGGCUGGCGAGAAUCUGUCAUCCGGAUGUUGUUUCAACAACUCAGAAGCAAUUUUCGGCUAAUGAAUUCAUCCAACUCCAUUCGGCGUAUUCUACUUUGUCGGACCCGGACAAACGUGCUGAUUAUGACAGGGAUCUUUAUGGUCGGAGAAGAUCUUCUCUCACGGCGGCUACAAUGGCUGCAGUUGCUUCAUCUAUGGCUGCCGGCCACCGUUCUGGUUAUAGUUGUGGGAAGUGGGAGACAGAUCAAUGUUGGUAGAGAUGGUCAUUACAAUGUAAUUGGGAAGUAUUAGAAGAUUCAAUUUAGACUACGAGCCCUCUGGUUUCUUUCAUUAUUUCCUUUUCUAUAGUACUUUGUUAAUUUGUACAUGAAAUCUCCUCCGUCGUUUAUAUUUAGAGACUAAUUAAAAUGUUACUGUAUUUUAUGCAAUUAGACUAAUUAGAGCCUCACGACUCUCAUCCUGUUCUUGAAAAAAGAGAAGAGAACGGUUUGCAGUUUAAAUUAUAUUAAAUUAAAUAAUUUUUG